AUGGCGCACAAACGUCCAAAGCGGUCUGUAAGAGAACAAGAGCAGAAGCAAAGAGGGUUUGAUCAUGCACCAAAGACGGCAGAGAAGGAUGAUGCUCCUAGAGGCGCUAUGAGAGUGUUGAACGCUCAGUCCAUCCGAGCGGAAUACAAGGAGAAGAAACGAAAGCGAGAGGAAGAGCCCACAGGACAAGAGAAAACAAGCAAGAAACGCAAGACCGAGGCUGAGAAAGAGAAAGAAGAACUGAAACUUAGACCUGGGGAGCGCUUGGAAGACUUCAACAGACGUGUGGACCGAGCAUUGAAGCCUCGGAUCAAGGCUUCCAAAGCAUCUAAAGCGAAAGCAAUAAUUUCAGAGAAAGAAGCUGCUCCUGAAAGCGCCCCCCCUCCAACAAAAAAAGAGCGCAAAACGGACUUUGAUUCUCUGCCCCUUUCCCGAAGGGUUAACGACAUUGCUCAAGCGCCGCCGUCACUCACUAGACUGCCUCAGAAUGCGGCUAAGAAGGGAGAGGGUAGGGAAGGGAAGGAAGGAGUGUUGUCACUUGCUACUCGGGCUGCGCUGGAGGAGGAACGGGCGAGGGUUGUGGAGCGAUACCGGUUGUUGAAGGAGUCAAAAAUAAAAGAGAAGGAGAUGGGAUGA